CCAAAACUCUUUGAGCAGCGGAUGGGCCAGCCCAAGAGUGGACGGGCCGAGCUAGAGACUGAUAGAUUUCUUCUGUGUUUUCUUUUCCACCUACUAUACAUCUUAUCCAGUUCUCAAAGAAAUACUAUACAUCUUAUCCUCACGGCAUCACACAGUCCUCUAACUCUCUCAGCUCGAGCCUGAUCCCGUCCCUGCCGCUUCCCGUCCAUAGACGGCGUCGCCGCAUUCUUGUCUCCCCUCCACGGCGUCGGCCGGCCCCUCCUCUCCCAGCCAUCUCUCCUCCAUGUCGCGCGCCGAGCCCGUCCUCCCUUCCCUCGAUGGCUUCGUCCGCAUCCUCCUCCGACUGCCACGGUGGCUCGAUUGGUUCGAUCCACCGCCAUCCACGCCCGACAGGUUAUUCCGACGAUGGGGCGGCGGCGAAGCUUAGCGCGAUGACAGAGCCUUCCUCCAGCUCUACCAAGAAACCCUCGCUCUCCGUCCGUCUUCCUCCCUUUGCCAGCACCACCUAGCGUCGCCAUGGUCGGUGGCCGCGACCACCAACAAGAGGAAUCGCGAGGCGGCGGCGGCGGCACCAAGGGGAAGCCGCAGCCCGUCACUGCCAAGGAAAAGCGGGUCACAGCUAAGGAAGUGUCGGAGUCGAGGAAGCCCGACUACAACCUUAAGAAAGACAUCGAAGUACUAUGGGGAAAGAUGAUAGGUCGUCAUUUGAGCAAGGAGGAUAUAAUCAAGCUAGUUACCGAGGCCCUCCGUAAAAUGGAUUGGAAAUAUUUGGAAUUUCUGGAUCCCAUACAUGUGUGUAGUGGUUCUCACACUCAAGAGAGUGGCAAGGUUAGGACGCAUAUUAUCAGAAUCUUGAAGAAGCAGAUUAUGAAGCUUGAUGUCAGUGAUUAUGGAUGCCUUGUUCUAUUUGAAGAGCUGACAAAGCAGUUAAAGGAAAUCAUAUUGAUAAGACCGGGAGACGCCAAUUGCUGCAGCUAUUGCACACACUUUGCUCACAUUAUCUGACUCCGGCUGAUUCAGUUUGUCUGAAUUUCAAUGUGCCUUCCCUUAUUUCACUAAAAAAAUAUCAGUAUAUAUAACACCACCUAAUAGUACCAACGAAUGACGUACGAACUGCUCCAUUAGGAGUAGAGAUACGUAGUUCCUUAUCCAUGUAUUUCUAACAAGAGAUUCUAUGCAACUGAAGUUUAAGUCAUUAUUUUUAUUUCUAUAUGAUAUUAGAUGCCUCAGGUUUUUACCAUAUUGAGAAGCAGAUGAAUUAGAAAGAAAUAUGAAACCUUAGUAAUUUUGUUCUUCUUUACCAAGUCACUGUCCAAGCAUCUUCCUCCUGCAUAUGUUGGAAACUUCACGCUGU